AAAAUCUGGCCAUAGGGUGAAAAACAACAAAAAACAAAAACAAAUGGGGUUAUGUAACUUUGGUUGGGGGGAGUGUAAAGACUCUUUAGAAAUCAAAUAAAUAAAGGCGAUUUAAAAUUCAGUAUUAUUUACCUAUAACUGCCUGUAUUUAAGUAAUAAAGAAUACACGUAAGAGCGUAAGUUUUCAUGAUAAAAAAAGAAAUGCGUUAAGAAAUAAUAUACGCACCUGAAAUCCACUAAACUAAGUCUUAACUGAAGUAUGAAUUAUUAAAUAGCAAUUCAAUAUCCAACUGAGUGACCAAAACAAGAAAUAAAUAAAAUGAAGGUUACUUUGUUUAUCGCCCUAAAUGUAUGGGCAAUAUCCUCAAUAUGUGAAUGUGAUGCUACAGUAUGGUAUGAACCUGAACAAACUCAUAUUGCAGUAGGGGGUAAGUGAUAAUUAAAUUAAUCACUUCAAUUUAUUGUAUAAAAUGUAUCUUUUUAUGUACCAUGUGAAACUGUAAACUUAUGUCAAGUAUGCUUGAGUAACAGUUGUUGUCAAACACAUAUAUAGACAUAAGUCUCAUAAGUAUUAAUAUUAUGGACGGUCCUUAUUAAAUAUGGGGCCAUCUAUUAAUCUAUACAUGAUUUCACGUGUCUAGACUUAGAGGGGUGGAAAGGGGGGGGGGGGGCAGAUUUUGGGGGGGGGGGAGGGGGGGGGGGGGGGGUCAGAUUUUUUGAUGAAGUGUGACGAGGGGGACGGGGGCUCAAGCAAUGUGACAUCGCAUGAAAAAUGGAAUAUUGUAGUAAAGAAUUGCACUUACUAACCCAAAUUGCAGACAUUUUUAACAUAUUCUCUUAUACAAUAUAAUUAUUUUAUUUUUAAACUAUCAACACUGAGAAACUCAGUACAAGUAUGCGAGGUCUGAAAAACUGGCCUCUGAUGCCUCUGAUUCUGAUCAAGUUAUAGGACGCCAGCAGGGAGGAGAUCAGGAUGUAGUGACAAUGACAGUCUUGAGACUUUAUGGCUAAUUGUGGACACAGGAGUCUUAGAAUUGGACUACCACAUGAAGUGGAAUGGAACGGAAAAAAUGGUUGACCGGGGUGAGGGGGGUAUCUUAGUAAAUGCUCUAGGGCAGGGAUUCUUAACUUUUUUUGCAGUGCUGCAGACUUGCUCCUUUUUAAACACACAGCCCCCCUUCUAUGUAUAAAUUAUAUUGUAAUAAAAUUUAAAAUAAUACAAAAAUUUAGUUAUCAUAGUUUUAUUUCUUUUAUUAACUUUAUAAACAAGGGAAAAAGUACCAAUACAAGGAAUGCGGCAACAAAAUUCACAAGAAAAAAUUUACUGCUGCUAACCAAAAUGCAUGAAAACUAUUUAAAAAAUUUAAAACGCAGAAACCAAUACAAUCCCUGAUGUAGCCACAGUUGGUGUCAUCCAGUCCGAUAAGCUCGUGGUGUUUACCCCCCUCCCCCCCAAUUCCCCAUGUAUGGAGUACCAUGUAUUUAACAAUUGUGACAUGUAUUUAUCAAAGGAUAGCUUUAUUUCUCAGAAUUAUGUAGCCACAGUUGGUGUCAUCCAGUCCGAUAAGCUCGUGGUGUUUACCCCCCCCCCAAUUCCCCAUGUAUGGAGUACCAUGUAUUUAACAAUUGUGACAUGUAUUUAUCAAAGGAUAGCUUUAUUUCUCAGAAUUUAGAUAAAUAUAGCUUCCUGUCACUUACAAAAGUUACCAAACACUUCAUUCGACGCUGAAACAUGAUCCAAACGGUUUGUUUCUGACCUAAUAAUAAGGUAACCUAAUUGGUGAUGUGUCAACCUUGAAAUUUUAAUAAAAAACGCAUUUUGAUUGGUUACAUGGGUGGAACAUUUUCGUGUCAUCUGUUAUCCUUUUAUGAAUUUUGCUUAGACCGAGCAGUAUUUUCUCUGUAAAUACGCAAUUUUUCAUUUUGGUGUCACCCCCUGAGAUGGUGUCACCGGGUGCAGUCUGCACCCCCCUAGCUAUGCCACUGAAUACAAUUUUAUGGUCUUCCACACUUCAGGGCUGGGGAGGUACUAUUACCCCUGGUUAAGAAGCACUGUUCUAGUGAAAUGUUUCUGACACAGGUGUAGUAAUUUGAUAUCCAUGGGAUGUGAAUUUUUCAAAGGUUUGUAAAGGACAAUAGCGGAAUUACAGACUUUUUAUGGGGAAGGGGGGGGGCAGAGAUUUGUGACGUUAUAUUUGAGGGGGAGGGAGUCCUAACUGUUUAUGACGAUUUGUGCUAUGGGGGGGGGGGGGUUAAAAAAUUGAAAAAAUUUGCAUAACGUCAUUUAUGGAUGGCCCCUAUGGAAGUAAUCAAAUUGCAAACAGGUUGAUGACCACUGGUUUCGAUCAGGGGUCAUCAUAGGGCUCAAAAGACAAAUAAAAUUAUAAUUAUAUUAAACAGGCAUUCCAUUUUAUGUUUCUUCUGGCAACUCUAUUUUUGAUGUAGAGAUGUGUGACAUCAUUUAUGGAUGGUCACCGAUAUUGAAGGGUGGCAUUUUUUUCUAACUGCAGAGUUUUUUCUCUUGGCCUACCCUGAACUGCACUAACUGUAUCUUAGCUACACUACUGCAGUUAGCAUAACCACACGUCUUGUCUUGUAUACAUCAUUUUGACGAUCAUCACGCACUGAGCGAAAGGGGGAGGGUAGCGGCUGUAAUGCCCAUUAUCACCUUGUUCUGGUAGUUUCCUAAUGGUGUGGCACCCUGUGCUGUGAUACCCUUUUCUUGUGGCAUCCUGCUCUUGUCUUUAACUUAGAUAUGUUUUGAAACUGAAGUGAUCCAUUUUUUUUUUCAAAUUGUCUAUUUUUAAUUUGGUAUCAUUCCCUGUGAGGGUGCCACCUCGUACGGUCUAUACCACCCGCACACUCCUAUUGACCCUAACGAUUAUGCUCUAAAGCUCAAAAGACUGUCAAUGGUUACUGGCUUUUGCAGUAUUUUUCAGAACAAGGAUUUUCCACCCAAAGAAAGGCGACAAAAUCAAUCCUGCAGACAAUAUCUAAAUUGCUCUCCUAGUUUUCAAGUUAUUCUAUCAAUAAUGAAGUGUCAUUUCUAAAAAAUUUGAAAUGAAAAUGGUUUAGAGAAAUCCUUUUGUUCCAUAAUUAAUGUUAUUUUUUCAAUUAACGGUAUUUAAGUGUAUUCUCCAUAUAAAUAGCUUCAAUAAACGUUUUGAAGUAUGUUUUGGGGUAAUGGCUUAAAGGGUGCCCCAAGAAUAUUUAUUCGUUUUUAGUUAUUAUAUACUCUCUAAACAAAAAAAUUAAUCAUAUGUUGUAAGCAAAAUUAUACCAUUUCCAAAAGACAUUUCAGUCCUUACUUAAUCAAUUUGGAAGUAUGGCAUUUGCAUACCUUCUGGGAUGAUUGUCUACCUUCUUUUCCAUGUGUUGCUGUGUUGCUCCGGGUUGAAAUGGCUAGAAAGACUUUGAUAUUGUAUGCUUGUAAUUAGUUUUUGUAGUGUUGCGUUUGUUUUAAAUGUGGUGAAUUAUAGAUAUUUUUUGUUGACUUUGUACCGCGCUUCGAGCCUUUGGGGAUGAAGCGUGUUUUUGAAAUGAACUUUAUUAUUAUUAUUAUUAUUAUUUCUAAAAAUUUUUUUUUUUUAUGAAAACCAAAACAAAAUAAUGAUGUUAAGUUACUAAAAUUGAUUUUGGCCUGACUGAGAAUUAAAGAAAUAUCCUUUUAAGGUUGUUUGAAAUCUGUAUCUUAUUUUAACAAAUAUUUCCAGAGAGUCCUGACCAAAUGGUUAUAGUGUGGAAUACUAUCAAUGACACCAAAGAGUCCACGGUUUUGUAUGGUACAAAUGGUAAACUAACGCUUGUAGUCAAUGGAACACGACACAAGUUUGUAGAUGGUGGAUCAGAACAAAGAACUCAGUUUAUACAUAAAGUUAUUCUGACUGGCUUGGCCCCAGACACAGAAUACAGUGAGUUUUUACUUAUUUUCUUCAUGGAAAUGGUUAACUGAGAAUAUCAUGGGAUUUUUUUUUUUAAUGCAGCUUAAUUUAUUAUUAAAGAAAUAAUAUUGUUUUUGUAACUAAUUUCUUUUAAGAAAAUGGAUCAGAAUAAAAUUCUGUAUUCUGGUACAUUGGAUUGACACCUUUAAACAGAUUUACUAAUUAUACAAUGGAAAUUAUUAUUUAAAUCUGUAAAUAAACUGUCAUCACUUUAUGAUUAGUUUAAUAUGGGGGUGAUUGCAAUACGUUAAGUUAAAGGGAAAUAAGUAUACAAGGUCGGCGAAAACCAGAAAAUAAGGACUCUACGAACUUGUCAGCAAAAAGCCUGACAAUAUCUACUCCUGACAAUCUGCAUUGCAAGCAGGGUUGAUAAAAAUCAAGUAGUUUUUUUAAAAAUUAAAAGAAAGUUUUUCUUGAUUUAAAUCAGAUUUAUUUGUUUUAAAUAGUAUUUUUAAAAUUAAAUUGAUUUUUUAAAUUCUUUUUUUAAAAGGCCUUCUUUAGAUUUUUAAGCAUAUUAAUGUUUAUAAAGAUUAAACAUAACACAGUAAAUAAAAUUUAAAUCAAGUUACUGUAUUUCAGGUUAUGUUGUGGGCAGCAAGGCUUAUGGCUGGUCAAAUUUGUUCACCUUCCACACAUGGCCUGAUGGUGAAAAUUGGAGCCCAAGUCUUGCUAUUUUUGGUGACAUGGGCAAUGAAAAUCCCCAAUCAUUACCCAGAAUGCAAGUUGAAGCAAUGGCAGGGAUGUAUGAUGCCAUCCUUCAUGUUGGUAUGUACCCCUUAUUUUGUUUACCAUUUAUAACUUUAUCUUGAGGUUUAUGGAAAUAUUUUGAUUUGUAAAUAUUAUAAAGUUGUAAAGUAAUUUUUUUAAAAACAUUUCUUGUUUCAGGGGAUUUUGCCUAUGAUAUGGAUGUGGUGAGUUUAUUAUUUUCUGAUUGUUGCUGUAAGUUCUGUUACUUUUAAAAAUUUUAUUUCUUACCUUUUCUGUGAUUAUACUUUUUAAAGGCUUUAACUCUAAGAGAUGUACACUUUAUGUUACAUCAAAUACUUUAUCCAUAAAGACUUUUCAUAUAUUGAUAAAGAAUUACAUGUUUGGUGAAGAAUGUAUAUUUUCACCAAAAAUUCAUGUUUUUAACUUCCAAUGUUUGCCCGGGAUACAUGAUGGUUUAAUCUCUCUGAGAAUAAAGUCAUGUUGUACUUUCUCUGGGCUAUUCUUACCCUAGAUUAUGGCAUUUUUAACUGGUAAAAUAUUUGUAGGACAAUGCUCGAGUGGGUGAUGAGUUCAUGAGACAGAUUGAGCCACUUGCCUCAAGACUUCCUUACAUGACCUGUCCAGGCAACCAUGAACAAGCUUAGUAAGAGCUCUUUUGUCUUAUUUUAAAACUAAAGAUAGACUAAUGGUAUCUAAAAUACAGCAUUGCCACUGAAAAUUUAAAAUAUUCAAAAAGUCUCGUGAAAUAAUUCCUUUUUAAAAUACAAAAAUGUGUUUGUUUCAUAUCUUGUUAAGUGAAAAACUGUUUGUUUUUUUUGUUGUUUUUCCUGUUCAUUUCCACUAUUCCAAUUUGGAAUGAAUUAAAUAGAAAAAGACAUUUGACCUUCUUUAAAACAUAUUAUAUUGUAUGUUGUAAAUUAUUUAGUACUAACAGGAACCCGGCAUGCAUUGCAAUGCCACUCAAAGGAAAAAAGGUGUUUGUGUUUUAAUUACGUUUUUAAAGUAAUUUUUAAAAAGAAAAUAUAUUUUUGUUUUUUCGUCUGAUGCCUUCACAAAUAAAUAAGAAUGUUUUUUUUUUGCGAAGCAUGAACAAGCCACAUUCAGCUGUGCACGUGAGAAACAUGGGUUUUUAAAAUUUAGUCAACACAAUUGUAGUGAUUGAUCCAUCCAUUCAGUAGCUCUGUUUGAAAUUAUAUUUAUAUAGGUCAAAUAAAUAAAAAAAUAAGGCCCCUGGCCCCAAACACAAAAUUGUAAAAUGGUUCUACUAAUUCAGAAACCUUAUUAUUAUGUCACACACAAACUGAAAUGUCGCUUGUAUUUGAUUCAAUUCCCUCCACCCAUGCAAUAACUCUGUUUGAAGUUAUAUUUCUAUAGUUCAUAUGAGAAAAAGAUAAUUUAGAGCUCCCAGAAUAUUUUAAAAUGGAAAACAUAAUUCGGAAACCUUUGCGGGCGGGCGCUCAACAAAUUACCAAAGUUUUAUCGCAAUCGGAUGAUUGUUAUAGGGACACAUUUGAAAAUUAUACUAAGCUCAUAAAAGAUAAAAAGGAGAAUAUAGGCGCCCCGGGCCCAAAACAGAAUAAUGUAAAAUGUGUGUAACAAUUUAGAAAAAUUUUCUGGCGUGUGUACAUCAACUCACAAAAGUUUUAUCGCAAUCAGAUGAAUGGUUUAGGAGCCCAUACGGGAAAUACAUACAUACAUUAAUUUUUAAAUAGGUAUAGAUAUAGUUUCCAGAAUAAAAGAUACCUUUUGCGCGACUAUUCAUGGAAGCGUUCUGUCUGUCUGUCCUUCCAUCUAUCUGUUCAUCCAUCUAUCUAUCCAUCCAUCCAUCCAUCCAUCUAUCCAUCCAUCCAAUCAAAUCUUAUUUAUUUUUUAUUUAGGCAUUUUUUAUAUAGCGCUUCCCUUAAAGCUCUAAGCGCUUUACAAUUAUUAAAAACAUGUAAACUAAGUAAAAUAAAAAAUGAGACACUAGGAUAGUAACUACUAUACUAUAGAAACAAUUAAAAUGGCUAUAAAACGAGGACACUUUGGCACGUUUUGGCCUAUAAUACAGGAUCAACCCGAGACAGAAAAUGAGGCAGGGCAAGGAGGGUGCAUCACAGGUCAUAGGCGGACCUAAACAGAUGGGUUUUAAGGGACUUUUUAAAAGUGGACGAGGUUUCACAAUGAUGGAUAUGGAAGGGGAGCUGGUUCCAGAACGAGGGCCCAUGGAAGUAGAAGGAGCAUUCACCGAUGGUCUUAGUUUUGGUUCUUGGGAUUGAGAGGGUUCUAUUGUCAAUGGAAGAGCGUAGUUAUCUUGUGGGGAUGUAUCUAUCAUCCGAUAGUGGCAAACUCUCGACACCACGUGUUUGCCUUGAGACUUACGGAAAGCGCACUUUCGCAUUUGCUGGUACAACAAUUUGGAACGCCCUUCCUGUCGAUCUCAGAAACAACCAGACACUGGAGUCCUUUAAAACCAAUUUAAAGACACACCUAUUUCGCAAACACCUUCUGGGAUGAUUGUCAACCUUAUUUUCCAGUUAAUGCAUAAUGGCUGUGUUGCUUGGGGUUGAAAUGGCUAGAAAGACUUUGCAAUUGUAUGCUAGUAAUUAGUUUUUGUAGUGUUGCGUUUGUUUUAAAUGUGGUAAAUUAUAGAUUUGUAUUUUGUUGACUUUGUACCGCGCUUCGAGCCUUUGGGGAUGAAGCGUGUUUUUGAAAUGAACUUUAUUAUUAUUAAUAUUAUUAUUAUUAUCUUUCUAUCCGUCUAUCGGUAUAUCUGUCUUGGAUCUAUCCGUCUGUGGAUCUAUCUGUCUGUAUAUCUAUCUAUCUAUCUAUCUGUCUAUCUAUCUAUCUAUCUAUCUAUCUAUCUAUCUAUCUAUCUAUCUAUCUAUCUCUCUCUCUCUCUCUCUCUCUCUCUAUACAUAUCUUUCUCUCUAUCUAUCUAAGAAAGUCUUAACCGAUUUCUAUUUUAAAAAUUAAAUUUUGCUUGUUGAAAUGAUGGGCUUUGAUAUUCAUGGGUAUAAUUGUGUAAAUGUACUCACGUUUUGUUAACGUCAUUGAUUGAUUUUUAGGUAAAAUAAGAAUAUAUCAUUUAUUUGUGACAACUGUGAUAUCAUUGGAAUUAAAUAUAUUGUCAUCCACGUAAAAUUGUGCACACCCUAUUUCUUACCCCCAAUAAAUAUGUACCUAUGAAUUUAACUAUUUGUCAAAUUCAUUCUGAGGCAUAUCUUGUGCUGCCUUGGGCUAUUUAACUCUCCUUUGCCCCCCCCCCCCCCCCCCACAGAGUUUUAAACAUACAAAAAUUAGCCAUGAUAUUGUAACCCCCUUACUUACCCAAAAACGAUUUUUUGUUUCAUUUGACAUGCGUUGUUCUUAUUUGGAUGAGUGAUAAGUGCAUUAUGAAUGCUAUUUGGAUAUGUAGUUUCGCUGCACUGAUUGCAUUAAACAGUAUUUUCAUAUUAAAAGUAUAUGUAAAGGUUAAGCUUUUUACUACUUUAUAACUUUCAUAAAAGUUUUUUUUAGAAAGAAUAAAAAGUAAAAACUUAUUAGUCUAAAUGUUAAAAAUACAAAGCUAAAGUUGUACUUCAUUGGAGAAAAUUUUAGCUCUUUAAAAAGCCAUCUAUUAUUUUUAUUAAUUUUACUUUUAAGAAGGGGAAAAUGUAUUAUCAGCUUUUUUACACAUGGUUAUAAAAUCAAAGAAACUUAACUUAGAGCUGUGGCUAAAAUAAGCAAUCCUGCUAUGAAGUCAUUUGCAAAUUAUUUACAUCAAAUAAAUUUUCUUUAUUAUUUGGCAAUUAAUUACAACAUACAAAAAUACGCACUAAGAUUACCAGAUGUUUGGAUUUUCCCGAUAAAUGUGAUUAAGAUGCAAUUCUUAAUCAUAAUAUUUUAAUUAAUAAUGGUUUUCAUAACUUUUACAUUAGCAUAAAAUUCUUAAAAUAGUUCCUUAUUUGGAACUUUAAAUGUAUUUGUAAUUUAUAAUAAUAAUGCUUAAGCUUUUACUAAAACAAAAGCAGAUUUAAAAUAAUUUUUGCGCAUUUAAAUUUAUUCCAUUUCCGUAAAAUAAUAGAAAAUAACUAUGAUUGUUUUAGGAAUCCCAACCUACUUAAAACGUAUGGGUUCUUUGGCGUUAUGUCACUAUAGCUCAUUCUUAUAUAUAUUUUCAUUUAAUUCUUUUUAGCAACUUUUCUAACUACAAAGCGAGAUUUUGGAUGCCAGGCGAUCACAACAAACAGAUGUACUAUAGGUAUGAAAAUAUGUUGCCACACACAAGUUGUCUUCAAAACAUUUCAUACCAUUUGGCAUUGUAUAAUGUUAAUAAGUUGCUGUUAAUAUUGGUCAAUUUAGACAACAAAAAAAUGGCAUAUGUUAAGAUAUAUGUGAUACAAACAGCUGAUGUCAUUUCAACUGCUGUCCAUCAUCUUGUAUCUUCCAUUGACCAGGGAUCACCCAUUGGCCCAUUGGUCACCCUUUUCUUUGUUUUGAUAUUUUAACGAAGGAGUAUUACAUAUAUUUUUAAAAAGAUUAAACAUAUUUUUAGUUGUUUUUUUUUUUAAUUCUCUUGAAUUUUUUUACUUUUCAAACAAGGAUAAGUCUGAACUAUUCAAUAAGAAUCAUUUAAAAAAAAUUAAUUUACUUUAAGUUUAAGGAUAAAAUUUAAUAUAGUAAAUUAGACAUUCAUUAGGGUGGCGCAAAAAUUGAGAUUCUUUUGUAAGCUGUUGAUAAACUAUGGCAUAAAGUUGUAGAGACAAAUGUUUUUUUACUUGAGAAAUAUUAUAUAGAUAUAUAACAGAAUCUGCCAUAAACUUCAAGUAAACUUCAGGCUGAUGAAAGCUCUAGUGAUAUAGUCUCCUCACACCACCACCCCCCCCCCUUUUUUUUAAAAAUGACAGCUAAGUAGUUCCAAGUAUUUGUAUUUUUAAAACUAUUCAUCUUGUUUCUUGACCUAGCUUCAAAAUGGGACCAGUGCGCUUUAUCUCUGUUUCCACCGAAUGGUACUUCUUCCCCCAAUAUGGCCUGGUGCCCAUCGUGGAACACUUCAAAUGGCUGGAGAAAGAACUUGCUGUAAGUUUGUUGCAAAGUGAAGUAUUUUGUAAUUAUGAUUCAAUUAAAUAUCCUCGACUUCAAAGACUUGAGUUUUCUGUUAACUAAUAGAAAUGAUUUGGUCUUUUCUGUACCAUAGGAUGCCAACCUGCCAGAGAAUCGUGCCAAGCAGCCCUGGGUCAUCACCUUUGGUCACAGACCCAUGUACUGCUCUAAUGACGAUAAUGAUGACUGUACACAUCAUGAGAGUCUUGUGAGUAUUUUGAUGUACAUUCUUUUAAACCUACUCCUGCCUGACCUACUUUUGAUGUUAAGCUUUAGAUCUGCUUAUACUAAAGGGCAAAGCGUCAUUUGGAGACACAUGUUUUAAAGGAAUAGAAUUAAUUAUGACACGUGAACUUAUUGUAUACGUUUUCUAAAAAUUUGAUUGACUCAUUUUGUCUUUUGACAUUAACAAUUUAUUGACAGGUUUGAAACUGUAAGCUAUUAUAAGUAUGAAAUACAGUAGUACAUGUUCCAUUUUACAGGUUCGUGUCGGCAUUCCAUAUAUUCACCUGCUCGGCUGGGAACCUUUAUUCUACAAAUAUGGUGUGGAUGUGGCCUAUUGGGCUCAUGAGCAUUCUUAUGAGAGACUUUGGCCUGUUUAUAACAGACAGGUAAAUGAAGAUCUGUAAUUCACAGAAAAUAAAAUAUAAUUUUUUAAAUAAUUUCUGAGAUUUAAAAUUGUGGAAUGUGUAGAAGUUUAAAUCUCUUUAAGAUGUACAUUUUUUUCUUAUGAUAAUUUACAGUUCUAAACUGCCAUUAUUUGCUCAAUGGCCCUUUCAUUCCUCAAUGCAAAAUUUUCAUUUCCUUUUCCUGUACAACACCAUUAUGCGCUUUGUUCAUUUUCUUGAUGAACAGUGCAUUCACUUUCUCUUUACAUCCUCUUAUUCUCACUCUCUCUCACUCUUUAAAUCCUCUUACUCUAUCUCACUCUUUGCAUCCUUUUGCUCUUACUCCAUAGGUAUAAAUUGACCCUUAACCUGUAUAAUAUGAAGUAUAUAAUUAAAAAUUAUGCCAGUUGAAUGCCAGAUGACCACAAACUAAAAAAAAUGCCCAUCUAAUUUUGAAAAAUUUGCAUAAUAGAAUUUGCUAGAAUAUCAUAGACAUCUUAUUAAUAUUUCAUUAUGAGUUAAGAUAAGAUAGGAUUCUUUCAUUGAUCCCAAUAAAUGGAAUUUUUUUUUUUAAUUACAUUGCGCAUAGUCAUUUUCAGCACAUAAAUAAAUACAUAUGGCAACCAAGACAGCAUUUUACAAUUAUAACAAUUUAAACACAAGACAUCUAAAGUAUUUAACCAGCCUGAAUGAACUCCUUCAGUGACAACAAUGAUUUAAUUAGUGAUCAUAUUGAUAUGGUAACUGCUGAUGGAGCACGCUGGUCAAUUCGUACCUACUGUUGAGCAUGUUUUUCACUAAAGGUUUACCGGUACUGCAAUGAUGCAAUAUUUGUAAAUAAUGUUAGAUUACCAAGAUCAAUUAUUUACAAAGUUUUCUUCAUUUUUUUUGGGGUUUAACUUAGCAUGACGAGAUAGAGUAGUAUUUAAAAUAGACUACUCCAUGUUUCAAUCUGUUUUAUGCUUCUUUGAUCACAUUCGCAGGUGAUGAAUGGAAGUGUCAGUGAACCUUACACUAAUCCUAAAGGACCGGUUCAUAUCACCACAGGAUCAGCUGUAAGUCAUUUCUUAUAGAAAUGGUACAUCCAGGGUUCUUAUAGAAUAGUCACUAACGCUAAUAAAUGUCACAUGCAGUGGUAGAUCCAUGGUUAGAGGACACAUUUUAUUGACAUAAAACAUAUGAAAACUAUAGAAGGUAUGAAAUUAAUUUACACAAUAUUUAACUAUUCUUACAAUGAAAGGAACCACCCCCCCCCACCCCACCUGUCCUCUUCCGACACCACUUUUUCUUUUUUUUUUUAAACCUGUUGUGUAAGAUAAUUAUAUAGAUAGAUAAUAGGAGCAUUCACUAGUCUUCUGUCAAUCCACUUUCACAUAUUGACCAUGGGAUAUACAUUCACAAAUUGAUCAUGAGAUCCACUUUCACCAAUAGACCAUGGGAUCCAUUUUCACCAAUAGACAAUGGGAUCCACUUUCAUCAAUAGAUAAUGGGUGUUGAAAUUAUAGAAGGCUUGUUGGGCAUAUUCAUUGAAAUUGACCAUAAAUUAAAACCAAUGAACAAAUUAUAAAAGUGUGAGUGCUACUCUUUAGUGCAUGGGGAGAAAGGAGGUUUGUCUGAAAUGAUGAUGAUAUGCAGGAGAUAGAAGGAAGGAGAGGAUCAGAGGGGAAAAAAUAAUGGGAAAGUGGAAUGUUAGUUAAAUGUAUAAGAAUAAGUUUUUAACGCUAAUGUAAUAAUUCAUUUACAGUGUCAUAAGUUAUUUACAAUGCCAUAAGCUAUUUACACAUAUCUGUUUACCUUAACAACAACACAGUUUGAAUUGAAAAUAUCUGAAAUCUUUGAUCUUAUUUAGGGUUGCAAAGAGCGCCAUGAUAAAUUUGACAACAUUGUGGAUGACUGGUCUGCCUUCCGAAGCAAUGACUAUGGAUACACUCAAAUGAAAGUGUACAACAAAACCCAUCUGUCCAUUCAACAGGUCUCAGAUGAUCAGGUAAUUUAAACAAAAGCUGGAACUAAAAUAUCACCUGACAGUUUGUUGACAUGAGUUUAACCCACCCAUAAAAAUGAUGUGACAGUUUGUUGAUAUGAGUUUAACCCACCCAUAAAAAUGAUGUGACAGUUUGUUGACAUGAGUUUUACCCACCCAUAAAAAUGAUGUGACAGUUUGUUGAUAUGAGUUUAACCCACCCAUAAAAAUGAUGUGACAGUUUGUUGACAUAAGAUUAACCCACCCAUAAAAAUGAUGUGACAUUGGAGUUUACCUACCCAUAAAAAUUAUGUGAUCCCCUACCAUAUAGACUUUUUCAUGAACAUUGUUUUAAACCAAAGUAAAAUAAGUAAAACAUGGUAUGGAAAAACCUGAAAAAAGGAUGAAACAAAACCAUGAAUGUAUCUGCAAGAAGCCUUCAUCAGCGGAAAGUACAAAUAUAAAAAUAUAUCUGAAAUUUAGUAUCCCAGACAACAGCAAAAGGAAACUUUCUGGGAUGCACAUUUCAACUAAAUUUUUCGCUGCCUCCUUUUUUCAGGUUGCCCUCACCUUAUUUCUAGAUAUUUCCUUUUGCCUAACCUGAUCGGAGUCUUCCCCCAACCACCCCCCACCUUUUCAUUGUCAUGUUAAACCAGAGUCUUAAAUGAUGAUGUAAUGAAGAAUUUGUUAAAAUAAAAUAGCAGUAGGGGUAGGUGAUCUUAGACGUAUACGUUACUCAUAACUUUGAUUGCUAUGGAAGGGGUACUUUAUGUUACUGAAUCAUUAAUUAAAACUUUGAUUUGUCAAGUCUAUUUUGCUGAAAUACUUUUCGCAAUGAGCGUUGUGCCAACCUAUCAUUGAAAUUGUUAUCUCAAUGAGAUUGUGCCUACCUUUUCAUCUUAUCGUUGAAGCAUUUUAUCAGUUUUACAAAAAGCUGAAAAGAAUCGAAUGUUUUGAAUAAUUAAUUUUGUCAAGAAAAUAGCAUACAGUGGCAUAAUUAUUUCUUAUGUUUAAAAAAAAAAAUUUCACAGGAUGGACGCAUUAUUGACAAAAUUAUGAUCAUUAAAGACGCACAUGGAUCUUAUUCGGGGUAUCCCAAACCUGUUGUACCAAAAGGGGACCCUCUGAAGAAGCUCUGGAAACAAUGGAAGCAUUACAUUGAUGAAGCAAAGAAGCUGCUCGGGUAACUUUUACUGCCCGCAAUUUAAGAACUUCCUGAUAUUAACAAUCUGAAUUUUAUUUUACAUUUUACUUGACUUUGUUGUACUUUUCAUCUGAGAAACAUUUUGUUUGAGAUUUUAUUGUACAGUUAUUGUUCCCUUGCUAAUCUUGUUCACAUUUUUUUACAAUUGAAACUGUGUCAGUGUUAUUAAGAAUAUAUCGCUUACUAAAAGGAACCUGUGUGACACUGAAGUUAAUCACAUUGCCUUUCAAAUUAAUAAAACCACAGCUUUAUUUUAACAAUCACUCCAAGCCAUUUAGCAAAGCAAAUCUAAUAAUUGCUGGUAUUGCUUUUGUGAUAUAAAAUUAAAAUAUCUUAUUUUUGCUUUUACAUAUUUUCAGUCCAGAGUUUUUAAUGAGCCUGUUUGCCUUUGUUCAAAUAUUGUUUUGGAUGUUUUAAUCAGCAAUAGUCAUUUGGCUGCUCCUUUUUUUUUUAUAUAGUUUUGCGUCGUUCUUAUUCUAAAAAAAAAUUCUUUUAAGCGAGCUUAUAUAUUAUCACUUACUAAUUUGACAUUGUGUAGAAAACAAAGACCCAUGCUGUGGGUUCAUUAAAAGUUUAUCUUAAAAUUAAAACAUAUGAUAAUACUCUAACUUUUUUACUUCCUUAUAUGUAUUAAAAAAUAAAUUAGGAAAUUUACCUUUUUUUUUUUUCAGAAUGCUGUACUUUUUAAAAAAUUUAUGUAAAUGAUUUGCGUAAUAAUCAAUGAUGCACACAUAGCAAAGUCCAUAUUGAGACAGAAUAAUAUAAGUAUAAGACAGAAGGGCCUAAUGUUAUCAAGAUUUUUUACUGGUUCUGUUGUUAAAAAAAAAAAAUUCAUUAGAAACAGACUUGGGAGUAACACAAACAGUGCUGCCUUAACUGAAACUCACAUCAAACAUUUGAUCUCCACUGUCUAGAAGACAACAGAUCUUUAUCAAAGACAUUUUUAAGACUCGGUUACUGAGCUGGGAUAGGCUCGGUUAAUUUGUAUUUGUCAUGUGCAAGAAGAGUUUUAUCAAAAUUUGGAUUAAAAACGCAGAUAUUUUUAAGACUCAGUUACUGAGAUGGGUUGACUCGGUUACAUUUGUACUCUUCAUGGCCAUUUUGUUACGGUUCAUGUUAGGCUGCUUUUAUCAGUUUAAUCCUAGUUGGCUUAUUAUCAUAAUAACCUAAAAUUUUUGUGACCGUAUUGUAAAUCUCAUCUUGUUUUAUAUACAUGUCUUAACUCAAUGCAAAUGUAUUUGUACCGGUACAAUUUUGAGGCUGUAAAAUGUAAAUUUAACAAAUCUAUUUUUAAAUGUUAAACAUUCCAAAAUGUCCACAAAAAAAUGUUCAUAAUAUUGUCAAUUUUAACAUUUUUUUUAAAAUAAGGAAGUCCAGUGUAUAAUUUGAAUCAAAGCGUUAAAAGAUUUGUUUAAUAAAUAAUUUUUUUUUUCUCCA